AUGCCUUUACUGAAAAAGAAGCCACAUAAACUACUGCAGCCCCCAAAGAACUUGGAGCCACAAGAACUUGUUUAUCAAGUUCGUCUCACAAAGGAGAUUUUUCGAGAUUAUCAAUUCUACUUGAAGAGGUUAAAUCUGUAUCGCAAGCGAGUUUGGACAUGUAAAUCUACUGGUAAAACUAGCUUGACCUACGAGGAGGCCUUAGAGUCAGAAAAACUGGCAAGCAAGAAGGUUCAAACUCUUCCCAGAGAGCUAGUUGCACCAGCUUUAUGUAUUAUCCAAUUCAGUACACUCUCAUUGAAGGAUCUUGCUGACACAAUAGCUACCGAGUUGCAAAAUUGCUUUUACGCUGGUGCAGAGUUGUAUGGAAAAAGGGAUGAUGAAUUGCAGCCGUGCAGAAUCUUGGAGAUAGUAACAGAUGGGGAUAGUAAACCUCAGUAUGAGGUAGGCUUCCUUGACAAAGACAAGGAAAUAAAUGAGAACGCAGUGCUGUCUGGGGAGGAUCUGUCAUGGAAGAAAUUUCCAUUUAGUAGAAAUUUUCUGAAGUCUUUCAUUCGGGAUUCCACAUGCCACAGUAUACCUUGGGUAGUUAAUGAAUAUCUGGCUAAAGCACAUGGAAUCACGAAAAAGAUUCCCAAGGAACUUCAGGACAAAUAUGUCUUUCAGAAUGGAGAAUUGGUUCAGCAAAGGAAGCAGGAAGAUAAAACGGGAAGGGAGAAAGGAAAAAGAAAGAGAGCAGAAAAUGGUAGACAUGUUGCAGAGGAGGCAGAUAGAGAGGUUAACGGGUCUGAGGAAGAACCUAUCAAUUAUCCAAUUGAAGAUUUACUGUUGCCACCCGAUCCUGAUAUCACUCAGCGUCCUUCUCCCUCACGGGAUUUUAGUGUUUCAAUGGAUUGUGUUGGGGAUCUUCUUAUGGUCUGGGACUUUUGUUCCUCAUUUGGUAGGCAGCUGCAUCUAUGGCGAUUUUCUCUUGAAGACUUUGAAAAUGCUGUCUGCCACAAGGAGAGUAAUUUGGUUCUUAUCAUGGAAGUGCAUGCCUGUCUUUUCCGGUUCCUCAUCAAAGAAGGCGGUGAUGAUUUCAAAGCUUUAAAGAAAAGGAGUCGCAAGUCAAAGAUAACGUUGAUCACAUGGACAGAGUAUUUAUGUGACUUCUUGGAAUCAGUUGACACUCCCGAUUUGUGCUUCGACAUUGGAACGAUCAAACGGGGACAUUAUGGUCUAUUGGACCCCAAUGUAAAAUUGAAAAUCUUAAGGGAAUUAGUGAACCAUAUAACUGAAACAAUUGUGUUCAAGGGGGAAAUAGACGACCUUGUUGAACAACGGCAUGCCAUUGGAGCUGCUAGAAGAGAAGAAGCUUUGGCGGAGGCCCGACAGAUAAGAGAGGAGAAAGAACGCUCUAAAACUGGCGAGGAAGCUGAUGGAGUUUUGGACAAUAAGAGGUUAGAGAAAAAGAAAAAUAGCCCACAAGUACCAGAAAGCAGUGAAGACAGCAAAAUGAAAGAGAGCACUGAGGGGGAAGUCAAGAUGGAGAAUGGGUCUGUUUCUUCGGCCAAAAAUGACAAAUCAGAGAAAAGGCUUGUGAGGAAUGUCUAUCUGAGAAAGCACAAAAGGCAGAUGACGGAUGCAAAAGUCGUACCAAAGGAGGAGGUGGAGGAGGAAGAGGAAGAGGAAGAGGAAGAAGAAGAAGAAGAAGAAGAAGAAGAGGAGGAGGAGAAAGGAUCUUCCGGGAAGAAGCAGGGGGUAAAAUCAGCUAGUGAAGAUGAGAAAGGAAAUAUAGAAAGGAGGGGCCCCGAACAGAGGAGGCAACAUUAUGAACGAGAGAUGGAGAAAAUAGUCAUACGUACAAACCCCUUGGGUAAAGAUCGGAACUACAACAGGUACUGGUGGUUCCGAAGCAAUGGGAGGAUAUUUGUUGAGGAUUGUGAUUGCAAAGAAUGGGGCUAUUAUACUUCCAAGGAAGAGCUCGAUGCAUUGAUGGGAUCACUAAACCGUAAAGGAGAGAGGGAACUGUCAUUACACAUGCAGCUAGAGAAAUUAUAUGACAGAAUAUGCUCUACACUACAGAAGAGGACGAAGGACAUUGCUCACAACAUAGAAAUGGAAGAAGCAGUGGUUAGGAGAUCUACCCGUGUAAGGGCUCCACUUCAUGAAAAUCCAGCUAGUGCCUUCUUGAGAUAUGCUAACAAGUGGAAAGAUGACUAA